CCAAAGUAUAAUUUUUCGGAUAAUGUACUGGACAGAAUUCUACUGGGCCUCUGGACGAAAAAGGAUCUCAUCUAUAUCCACGAGAGGAGCAGGAUCCAAUUUCAUUUCCUGCUUUUGAUGUAUUGUUGGAGUGGAGCACGCAUCGGAACAUUCUUCACACACGGCCUGCUAUAUGAGGUAUAA